AUGAUCUCAGAUGAUGUAUUCGAUGAAGUGACUAAGAAUAGAAUCAUCACACUGGCAUCUUAUAGAAAGGGCCAGCUUUUGGUUGUAAGGUUGGAACGACUUACCCCAAAACAAGCCGCCAAAUACGAUGACGAUGAUAACGACAAAAAUGGUAGUGGUAGUGGUGGUGAUAGCGGUGGCGUAGGUGGUCGUGGUGUUGAUAAUGAUCGCAAGAAGGGGGUGAUGUACCAAGGGAGGGAGGGAAUUUUUCGGGGCGUACUCGUUUUGAAUGACAGACAAAAACCGCACCCCAAAGUAUGCAAGCCCCACGUGAUGACGUCAUUCAACGCUUACGUAGUCGACACGUCACAACCAGGCGAGUUUCUGGAGAGGCCGCAGAAAAAAGAAAAGAGAACUUUAAAAUUUUGGCUCUACAGAAGAACUAUCAGCACAUGUAACGAGGACAACAACAACAGCAACAACAACAACAACGACAACAACAACAACAUCUGCGAUAUCUCCACCACCAAAACAAAAAACAACUCUCUAGCCAGCAACAUCGACAACAUCAGCAACAAAAAUAACAACAACGACAUUUCCUACAAUGAUGACGAAAUCGACAAAAUCACUACUUGCGCCGGCUUCAUCCGACUUCUCAUUGAGCCGGACACUUUCCCAGUUGAUAGCGUCGGAUUUUUGAAAAAGGCACUGCUUCUCAUGAGACAGCACGCAAAACUGAAGAGGGUUGACCUGGAGUUCCAAACUGAACCCGACGAAGUAAAAGAGGAACCAACUGAAAUACCUCUUAUCGAAAACUUCAUUACCGUCCUGACACCUGCCGCCUACGACUAUCAAUAUCUGCCGGAAGUACCGGUCAGUCGGAAGUCUAUGAUCUGUUUCCGGUUGAAAGCGGCAGCAGACGGUCACGUGGCUUUAUCCUACGUGUACGGAGACACGGACAGACGGACGUACGAGGUCGUCCUUGGGGCGCAUGGCAACCGGAAGUCUCUCAUCAGAUAUGGAGGGAAGGGGGAAGUUAUGGUGGAGAGGCUCACUCCAUCCAUUCUGGACAGCGCUGAACUUCGACCUUUCUGGGUCAGCUGGAAUGUCAACUGCGUCAGAGUUGGGAGAGGGCUGGAAGUCGACAAGGACUUGAUAAUGGAAUGGACCAACAUACCCCUUCAUCAGCAUCAUCUGGUCAACCUCGUGUCAGUGUCUACAGGACCCGCCUCCGAAGGGAGAUGGGAGUUUGUGGAUUCCAUACGAGAUGACGAAAGAAUCAAAAGAAUUAAGACGGCAGAAGAUCCUGAAGUGCUUGGUGUGGUACUCGAAGAAGAUGAAGAUCAUGGAGAGGUUGGAAGAUGCUUUCCCGUGUUCACUUACUACGUCCCAGCUUCUCAAACAGAGCACGAUAAAGUUGAACAACAUGUUGGAAGCGGUAGUCUUCUUGAAGAACACACAAACUGGAGGGCAAAGUUGAAACUCGUGCCAUGCCUGCCUCGUCUCAACCAAACGAACGCGCCAACAGUCGCCAUCGUUACGACGUCGUACGCUGAAAAAAUAGCGGUAGACGCCAUGUUUGAUGAGAAAAUUUCGUACUUCAUCAAAGGAGAAAACGAAGAAAACAGCAUUUUUACCAUUGGAAGAAUGGCCAACAGAGUUGUGGUGGCUACGAAGUUGGGUAACUUUUCGCCAGAAACUGGCUGCAACGAGAAGCAUGCUAAAACUGUUGCGAAGCUCAUUGCUUCACUCCCCUCCAUAAGAUAUUUGUACUUGGUGUCAGUUGGUGGUGCGGUACCCCACUACACGAACUUCGAGCAGCACUGUAAACGCGGAGAUGUCGUUUUUUCCGGCCCCCGCCCUACAGAUGGCGCCUUUUACGUGGUCUGCCCGGAAGUCGAUGACGUAGAACCGGAAGUCGACCCAACUGGAAAUUCGGCGUUUUUUCCGACGAGUUGCUGGAAUAGUGGCGAUGAUGGAUUUGAUUCGCUGCAGAAGAGGGCGGCCAUUUUGGUUGACGGGUUUAAUAACAACCGGAAGUAUGAAAAGUGGAGGAAAUGGGAUAGUUUUGUAGAAUCAGCCCAGCAGAAACUCGUAGCAACGGACGAGCGAUUCCUCAGGCCCUCUCAAAAGACCGACAAGUUGCAGGCGCAACUCGAUAUUCGCCAACCGCCAAUAUUCGUAUCUCACCCACCGUGCCCGGCUAACAACGUUCGCCGAGAGAACCAGGCAUCUCUGAAAAUCGGCGCAAUCGCCAGUGGCGAUUGCGUGUCUCGGCAUCAUCUAUACCGGCGAAUAUUCGCGAAUCAGAAUCGAAUCGCUGCCUACGAUUGCGGUCUGGACAAAAUAGUGCAGGCCAUUGUGGACAGCAGACUCGGAGGCAACAAUAUGGAGAUUGUUUUAGGGAUGUGCGAUUAUUCCGAUGGACAGGUCGGCAAGUCGUGGCAGCCGUACGCUGCUUUGGUCGCUGCAGCUGCUUGCAAAGUUUUGCUGGUGGAUGUUUGAAAAUUUUUCGAUUUGUGAUAGGCUGGUCGAGGAUUGAUGAUUGGAUGAUUUGUGAUUGGAUGAUUUGUGAUUGGUGAUUAGUGAUUGGAUGAUUUGCGAUUGGAUGAUUUGCAAUUGGAUGAUUUGUGAUUGGUGAUUUUUGAUUGGACGAUUUGCGAUUGGAUGAUUUGCGAUUGGAUGAUUUGCGAUUGGAUGAUUUGCGAUUGGAUGAUUUGUGAUUGGUUGACCGGAUGAUUUGUGAUUGGAUGACUGAUUGUAAUUAAGAAUAUUUCUUAAACGAUAGAUUGAUGAAUGUGUUACUAGCUAUAUUUGAAUAAUCCGUGUAAAAAUGAAAAUUGUUUAUGAAAGAUUUUCUAGCACACGCAGAGAGGAUUGUUUGUUUGAUGUCCGCUAAAAUGAUAUAAUGUGUUAAGUUUAAAUGAAU